UAUUUUUGAAAGAUAAGAUAAAUAGUUUUAAUAUUUUAAUUUAAUUACUAUUUUUAAAUUUAAAUCGUUAAUUUUACGAUAUUGAUUAUUGCCAAAACAAUGUAUCAUUCCUUUGAAAUUUCAACAAAGAUUCAACACUUUCUCGUUUUUUAUUAAUUGGAUAUAAAUCUUCUUAUGAAUUCGCUAAUUAUUUAAGAUUUGAUUCAUUUCGGAAGAUAUUAUUUUUCCCAUAAUUAAAAAAGGAAAAAAUAAAAAAGCUAAAUUAAAAGGCAAUGAUGACACAUAUGCCAUCGGCUGAUUUUUUCGCUUCAAAUUACACCUUCCGACCCGAUAUACCGCCGUAUUUCGCGAACAACAGUUAUUAUUUCAUGAAUCCAGCAAUAGGUCUCGGAAAUGGUAAUCAAAUGGGUUACCGAGAUAAUUAUAACCCAGCCGUCUUCAACACCUCAUUAGUCACUUCCUAUGAUCGUUUGAAAGACACCAAAAAUGGAUCCACCGAUGUUCUACAUAUGUCACCUCCAUCUGAUCCCAGGCUCUCCAGAGACGAAUCUUUGCUGCAAAAUGAGUUGAGCCACCCAGAAACAAUGAGAUUUACAUCUAACAACACUGAUUUUAAGGGAGCAAUUAAUGGGCAAGACGGAGAAAACAUUCAACCAAAGGGAGACUAUAUGGCCAACACAAGCAAUGCCAAUAAUUUAGAGUUAUGGGACAAAAUGUGGCGCCAUUAUAAUAGAUGUCUCUAUGCCGCCAACACUCCUUCAAUGAUAAACAAAGAUGUUUUGACUUCAAAUAUCAGUUACAAUAAUUACUAUCAAUCGUAUUCGACUUAUCCUUCUUCUUUCCCUCAGCAAACUCAUGUGAAUAAUAACAAUAUCAAUUAUCAGCAUCAACCCCCUAUGACUAAUUUGACUAGUUCACAAAAUUUACCAAAUUUUCCCACAUUUUACCAAUCCUUAGCCCUUAGCGACAAUAAUGACGUCACGUCUCGCGUUGACACGCCAAUCAUCCAAGCCAAAGAAGGUGGUGAAAAUAACGCGGUUAGCCACAACAUAGACAGGCUUAUCAAUACGAAUAACGUCAUCUCUGAAUCUCGUUGCUCGGGAUUGGUAAAAAAUUUUGACGAUAUCGAUGAUAGUUCACUACCCGUUAAAACCGCCCUGAGUUCUCCGCUGAUUCAAAGUCCGUUUCCUCUCCCGCAUCAAAACAUUUUCCUGAACAACAUGAAUUAUUGUCAAAAUUUUGUUCCUUGCCCGGCGCCGCAUAUUUUCGCGCCAUUUUAUCACCCCAAUAAUGGUAGCGUAGGCGGAUAUUUCAAUGCUUUAGACGACGACAAUGGGUCUAGGUGCAGGAAUAAAGAUGAAAACUAUGACCCAUUUAAGUUGAACCUCGCUACUAAGCCUCGCAAAGAAAGGACCGCUUUCACGAAAUAUCAACUACAAGAGCUGGAACGAGAGUUCAAACAUCAUAAUUAUCUUACCAGGCUUAGGAGGUACGAGAUAGCGGUCACUUUGAAUUUAACCGAGCGUCAAGUUAAAGUAUGGUUCCAAAAUCGGAGAAUGAAAUGGAAAAGAAGCAGAAGUUUAGCUGUUAAUUCUUCCGACUCCGAUAAUUCCAGUUCCGAUACAUUGCAACAAUACAAUUGUUGCGACUUAAAUUAUUCUCAAACGCAGCAACUAAAUAAAGCAUCGUCUUUAAAUCCUAAAAAUUCCUUAUUAUAAUCAUUACUCUUAUAGACUUGAUAUCAAUGUACCUUUUAAUUUUUAUCCUUAAAAUAAAAUUUAUAAGUAAACAUAAUUUAUAGUAUAAUAUAAAUAUUAAUUUUGAAAUAUUAUUUAUAAUGUGAGUCUAAUCUAAUAAAAAUAUUAUUUCAA